CCUGCCUGCCUCCCAACCUCUCCUGCCUGCCUCUUAACCUCUCCUUCCUGUGUCCCAACCUCUCCUGCCUGCCUCCCAAUCUCUGGCUCCUGUGGUUCUUUCCAGACCUGCAGGACCACCUGCAGAUGUGCCUUAUACCACCCAGCACUAUCACAAGAAGAAAAGACAAGAGGAGGAGCAGAGUGGCAACAAAAGAAAGAAAGAAAAGGAACUACACAAGGAAGAGCGACACCAUCCCCUGCAAGCAGUGGCAGAGGGAGCGGCACCCUGACACCCACAGGCAGGACUUUGGUAAUUGGUACUGCCAGGCCACAGCCACCAUGACUCUGGCUGAGUGGAGGGCUGCACUUGAAGCCCAGAGCGAAUACGGGGGGCAGUCUGGGAGACCGUCGCCACAGCCGGGACACGAACACGUAUCUCCCAGUCCGCAAGCGACAACGUUAACCAGUCGACUAAAGGGUUCGACCCGUUAGCCAAGGGCCAACGUGUCUACUGGUUCAUUGUGAGAGAGGCUGUCAGUAAAAUGGCUGAGCAGCAGCAGCAGCAGCAGCAGCAGCAGCAGGGGUUGUUGCUGGACAGAGAUCAGUUGUGUUGUUCAGUCUGUCUGGACCUCCUCAACCAGCCAGUCACUCUUCAGUGUGGACACAGUUACUGUAGAGACUGUAUAGAGAGCUGCUGGGACAAGGAUGAAGAGAAGGGAGUGUACAGCUGUCCUCAGUGCAGACAGACCUUCAGCCCGAGGCCUGCCCUUGUGAAGAACACCAUGCUGGCUCAGAUUGUGGAGAAUCUGAAGACAACAGGGAACCAGCAGGCCUCUCCCUCUGCAGAUGUGUCCUAUGCUGGCCCCACAGAUGUGGCCUGUGAUUUCUGCACAGGGACUCGACCUCACAAAGCCCUUAUGACCUGUUCAGCGUGCCUGGCCUCCUACUGCUCCACUCACCUCCAGCCUCACUACACUGUUCCUGUGCUGAAGAAGCACAAGCUGGUCUCUGCCACGGCCCGACUGCAGGAGAAGAUGUGCUCCAGGCAUGACAAGCUGAUGGAGGUGUACUGUCGUACAGACCAGCAGUGUAUCUGCUAUCUGUGCACCAUGCAUGAACAUAAGGGCCACGAUACAGUGUCGGCUGCAGCAGAAAGGGCUGAGAUACAGAAACGGUUGGAUGUUCGUCGCCAGAAAGCCCAGCAGAGAGAGAAGGAGAUUAAGAAGCUGAGACAGGCUGUGGAGGAUCUGAAGAGCUCUGCACAGACCGCAGUGGAGGACAGUGAGAGGAUCUUCACUGAGCUGGUGGCCUCCAUUGAGAGGAGGCGCAGCGAGGUGAAGGAGCUCAUCAGAGCCCAGGAGAAGACUGCAGUCAGUCAGGCUGAAGAGCUUCUCCUGCAGCUGCAGGAGGAGAUGGAAGAGUGGAGGAGGAGCGAUUCUGAGCUGGAGCAGCUGUCACACACUGACGACCACAUCCAUUUCAUUCAGAAAUUCAAGUCUCUCUCCCUCCCGGCUGGUUCUCUGGACUCACCGAGCAUUGUUGUGCGUCCUCUGCGUUACUUCAGAGAUGUGACUGAUGCUGUGUCUGUCCUCAGAGACAAACUAGACCACAUCAUGACACACACAUGGCCCAGGAUUUCAUCUGCAGCGUCUGCUGUAGAUGUCUUACUGCCACCAGAACCAGAGACCAGAGAAGACUGUUUACUGUAUUGUCGUCCUCUCACGCUGGAUGUGAACUCUGCCCAUCAACGUGUCUCCCUGUCAGAGGACAACAGGAAGGUGACGCUGACACCACGAGACUUGAAUUAUCCUCCUCAUUCAGACAGGUUUACUGACUGUUACCAAGUGCUGUGCAAGGAGGGCUUAUCUGGACGCUGUUAUUGGGAGGUGACAUUAAGUGGUGAUGUUAGUAUAGCAGUGUCAUACAAAGACAUCAAGAGAUCAUCAGGUGGCUCAGGAUUUGGUUUUAAUGACAAGUCCUGGAGGUUAAUCUGCUUUCGGGGUCGUUACAGGUUCAUACACAAUGGUGUAGUAACAGAGGUGUCAGGUCCUUCCUCCUCCAGAGUAGGAGUGUUCCUGGACCACGAGGCAGGUGUUUUGUCUUUCUACAGCGUCUCUGACACAACCACCCUCCUCCACAAAGUCAACACCACUUUCACUCAGCCUCUCUAUCCUGGACUUGGACUGUGGUCUGAAGGAUCGGUUGCAGAGGUGAUGAAGGUCUGGUAGGGAAGAUCUCGGUUACGUGUCAGGAUUUGUUCUGCGUUUGAAAUAUAUGAUUGGAAAUAGUUGACGAGUGGAAAGGGCAGAGCUGUCCUCAGAGGAAGACGUGUUUGGUGAACGGGUUUCUUUCACCACUUUCAUUUCUUUGUGUGGUUUUCAAAAGAGUCUCAGUUCUUAUCCAGGGGGACCAAACGGGCGCUAAAAAGCAGCAGCUGAUGGAUGUGGUUUGAUCAAAGUGAGAGUGAAGGAAGGUUAAUUCAGCCCCACACACACAGACUGAUAAAUAAAGGCAGUUUUAAAGCUUUUUGUAGUCUUAGUAAAGAUGCUGGUUGUUAUGGAAGAGCGAGGCGAAGGAAAUUAAACUAGUGAUGAUGGAUAUUGUAACUUCUUCAUCCUGCAGCACAUUGUGUAGUCAGGAUGCUGUUUUCUUUUCAUUCUUGUCAGAUAACAGUGUGAAAAUCACAACGUGUGAAAGGAGUACACGUUAAAUGGAUGCUAUUUAGCGACUCACAGCUUGUUUGUUGUUGCUCAGAUCAGCAGAAUGUGUUUCAGACAGACAGGGAGGUAAAAACAUGGUGUGUAAACAUCCAGAUGGAAGAUUGUGAGUGGCUGAUGUUUAAUAGAUAGACGCUGAAUGAUAACAUCCACAUCAGAACAGCACAAACCUCGAUGGAUCAGAUGAGGUGUUACAAGACUUCACCCUGCUAUUAGUUUACCCCUUCUCUCUCUUCCUCUCUGGAAUCCCCUUUAGCUUCACAUGUAGGAUUUACUGGACUCACCUUAUGAUUGUGUGUUGUAGAGAAAUGUUGAUGAUAUGUGCGACUUUAAGAAUAUACGAGUCAGCUUCCUGUUUAUUGAUGGUUUCUGUGUGGUGUUAAAUAAAGUGGUGUUUUGUUCCUGAUCACCUGUAAAUAAAAGCUAUGUUUUAUUCCGUGUGUGUGUGUCUGUGUGACAGAGAGAGAGACAGAAGUGGUUGUGUCUCACCUGUGUGCAUCCAUGUACAUGUUGUGCAGGUGAACAUGUGUGUAGGUUUGUAUUAGUGGCUUCACUCAUGUGUUAAUAUGUCCCAGUAACAGCAGCACGUCUGCCAUGUUUCCAGUACUGUGGACUGUACUUCCUUAUUAAAUGUACUUUAAUUUCAUGUGCUCACAUCAGUAAAGACGCUGCAUUAGAA